CCGAGGCGAGCCAUACAGGCAGGCGUCGAACGUGGGGUGGUGUGUGCUCAGCGUAUACGCAGCGCAGCGAGCCGAGGCGAAUCGAAACCACGCACGCGUCCCGGUGCUGAAGAGGGAGAGAGCGUGUGCGCGCAAGAAGAACACCGCAGGAAAAGCGUCCAAGGCAUCCCUACCAUGGCUCGCGAGUCGCGCGCCCUCAUCAUCGUCCACGGCCACCACACCAUCCGCGCCGGCUAUGGCAUCCACGAGCUCUUCAGCCUUCCCACUGUUGAACUGACCGCCCGCGUCGCGCUCACCGAAGACUAUCUCGAGCAGCAUGGCCUCUUGGAUCCCCACGCCGCCGCAGCCGGCAACACUAGGAACACAGGGCACAAACCAUCAGCAGAUGACUACCUCGUCGGCACCGCCAUCGACGAGGCCGUGCGCGCUGGCAAGGCGCUGCGCUACUACUGGCCCAUGCAGCCGCACAUGCAGGUGCGCGACUGGCAGGCCAUGCUCGCCCUGUGGCGCCACCUGCUCUUUCACGCCACCACGCUCGGUCUGCGCCGCUCUUCCAACACGUCCGUUACUCUGCUCGCGCUGCCAGCGCCUCUCUCGCGUGAGCAGCACGCCUGUAUCUCUUCCCUCUGGUUCGAACAGCUCAACUGCCCCGGCCUCGCGCUCGUCGAGAGCCCGUUGCUCGCAGCCUACGCGACCGCCGCGCUCUCCGCCACCGUCGUCGACAUUGGCGCCGCCGCUUCCGUCGUGACCCCCGUUGCGGACUGUCUCGUCCAACACAACGCCAUCGUGCGCUGCCCCGUUGGCGCACGUCACUGCACGCUCUGGCUCGCCCACCUCCUCCGCCAGGACGCCAGCCUGGUCCAGGCCCUUGGGGCGCUCAGCGAGCACCACGCUACCGCUGCUAGCGCCGCAGUGCCCAGCAGUGCUGCCGCUACGCCGCCGCGCAACGAGCAGGACGAGCGCCUGCACGAGCUGCUUGUCGAGCUCGCCGAGAUGCUCGUGCACGAGGGGCAUAUCAACGGUCUCGACGACGACGCCGCUGGCGGCGGCGGCGGAAAGUUCAGCAGUAGCAGCAUUGGGGGCAGCGGUGCUGGCGCUGCUGCAGGCGUAGAGGAAGAGCCCGAGUUGGACGUCGCGGCCAUGUUAGUGCAGGGCAAAGAGAAGGAGCUGAUCGAAGAGCAGGAGCGGCGCAAAAAGGCACUGCAAGAUGCCAUAGCGGGUAAAGCGAGCGCUGCAGACGUCGCGGCGGCCAUCACCGGUGAGGCGGGCCAAGCGGGCGGCAGCACGGACCCCAAGGCCGUGCUCGUCUCGUUCAAAGGACUGCGCCUCAAAGUAGGACCCUCGCGCUUCCGCUACGCCGAGCCGCUCUUCUGCCCAGACGUCCUCCGUGGCGUGCGCGGGAUACAGCAGGAGAGCGAUGCGCACUCUGCGUCGCUCUCUGGCGCUGGACCUGUCCUCGGCGAUCCCGUCCUCAAUAACACCAGCACCACACCCUCACUAUCCUCCUCGCUCCCAACAGCAGCGCAAUCACACCACCCGACAGCGGACGCGCUCGCGACAGCGCCGUCGCUGCCAGAGUGCAUCCACGCGGCCAUCGCACAGGUGCCUGAUCUGGAGCGCCGCCCAGCCUUGUGGGAUGCGCUCGUGGUCACCGGCGCGCCGACGCGCACGCGCGGGCUUGCCGCGAGUAUCACGCGACACUGCGCACCGUUUAUCGUCGGCGGUGGCGGCGCGGUGGGCGGCGGAGCAGCUGACCAAAGCGGCGGCGUCGCCGGGUUCGGUGCCCCGGCGCCAGGUGCCGGUGCAGGUGCAGCAGCGGCGAUCAUACCCGACGAGCCGAAUCAGCUGCAACCGCGCAACGUGCGCGCGCUCAAAGUGCCGGACUACUUUGUCAACUUCAAGGACAGAACCGACCUCGCUCCUUUUCUUGGCGCUACGAUUUAUGCCAAGCUCAUCUUCUCGGACGCGGCGGCACGGAGCUACGUGACCAAGGCGAACCACAACGAGCGCGGGCCUACGGCCGCGUUCUCCAUCACGGCGUAAACGCUUUGUUGAUGCAUGUACAUUACGUGGUGGCAGCACCGCGCGCGCGAUGCGAAGGGUUAAUGGAUGAUUUGUCC